CCAACGGCUCACCGUGGGUUCAGUUAAGGUAACGGGACACCUAACAUGUUGAUUUGCUCUAUCCUGGGCUACUUUCCGUCUGCCUUGUCCGUUUUUCCUGCAUACAUUCCGAUUGUGAUUAUGUGUCGAUAUUAAAUACACUUUUAUUCACUUUAUUAUAUUUAAUCUACACGUCAAGUGGCGGCGUCAAGCUAGCUAGAAUAAGCCACCGGAGUUUUUCAAAAUAAAAGCGUGAAGGUUGAUACAGGUGGAUAAAUCGUUUUGGGUAAGUACUGACUGAGGAGUGUGGUGUGAAGAUAAAAACCUGUGCUUAAUACUGAAUGAACAUUUGUCAUUAUUCAUAAACUCUCUUGUGUUUUGUCUGUAGUUGUGAACUGUGUUUUGAUAUCAACCGGAUGUGUUUUAUCGUAAUUAGGUGAGCUUGACAGAUAUUUAAUGUAAGAUUAUCUCAGGACAGACAGACAUAGACUAGACAACUCUCAAUCCAUUUCCACUACAGUCCUAUCAGACUGCAUAUUUGAGAAGGAGAAGGAUAAUAAUAUAUUUUAUUUACUGUGAUUUCAUCAGCUAAUUGUGUCAACAUGACACUGCAUGUUAACUUUAGCUUUGCCCGGCGCCAUAAAACUGCGCAUAAGCGGGGAAACGACCACUAAUUGGAAAUAACUGGCUGUUUUAUAUUUGGAGGGUCCAGUAUGCCAAAGGAAGAGCCUUCCUUCAGCGAGCGUAGUCCUUGUGUUACAUCCAGCAAGAAUGCUAAAGAUAAGAGCAACAAUUCGACUAUGCUGGCAAUACGUGAUACUGAUGGCACAGACAACUCCAGUGUAAGGGGCUCCUGCUGGAGUUCAGAGAAAGACUCUGGCUACUCAGACAAUGGCUCAGACUGGCAGCAAACAGAUGUGGAAGACCAUCGGGGCAACAGGAGCCAGUCCAGAGGGAGUGCAGAAACUUCACAGUCUGACCAAAGCCAAGAACAUGGGCAAGGGAACUCUGGGAAUCCUACCUUGAUGUCAGCAGGAUGUGAGCUCUCACGUAUCUACGUCAUCAACAACAUGCCGGCCAUGAUCCAGAACAGAAGUCAGCUGCUCUGGAGAAAUAGAAGCAGAGAGACUGGUGGAGCCCAUAUGAUCCAGACUGCCUCGAUGCAGACCAACACCCAACACCACAGGCCCUCGUCACAGAAGACAAAUGUCACAGGAAAAAAAAUAAGUGGCACUUACUUACCCAUUCUCAAAUCCUACCCCCGCAUUGCACCACAUCCUAGCAAGAAGCAGCCUGAUAAGACUUCAUCGAAUGAUGAUUCCCAGAAUCUGAGCAAGAGGUUGUGCACAAAACACGAGAGUGAUCACACACCUGUGACUGGGAAUCUACUUCAUCAGCACCUUUGUAAGCAACCCAAAUUAGCAGUCCGGACCUCUGGGCAGCCGUGUGCUUCUUCAACCACAGAUAUUCUAUCAUUCUCCAGUCCUGCGGCUGCCUCCUCAAGCAUGACCUCCACAUCGGUGUCCAGUCAGUGCACCACAUCCUCCUUCCAUGCAACCAGAGGGCUUCAUAGAAAUCGCAUCACCAGUACUCGCCACCGCCGUUUCCUCAACACAGUAGAAAUCCUUAAACAAUCAGGUCUGUUGGACAUAACACUACACACUAAGGAGUUGCUGCGCCAGAGCAAUGCCACAGACAGAGACAUUGCCCAGCUGCGCCUACACACCGAGCUACUGUGCCAGGCCGUCCGUAACCCCAGCUGCAGCCUGAAUGGUAUCAUGGCCUGGGAAAAUCUACACAGAGCCAUGGCAGAGUCUGGUAGGUACCCCAACCUAAACAUCAUGCAGAAUUUACAAACCCUGUCUCAUCCAGAUUCUGCCAGCAAACCAGAGAGUGUUACAACAGGAGAUGCCAGCAGACCACUAACUGCAGAGGAUUCGGGCAUGCUGCAGGCUCCCCUUCUCACUACUAGAUCAGAGCCAAGCCAGAGAUGUCCUGUUCCACAGCAGUCUCACACAGAGCAACACAGGGAGCCUGAAGCCAGUAAAGAAUCCUCAGACAAAGACACCUUUAUGCCUCCUGACAGUUCUACCGAUUAGUUCAAUCUUUUGUGCCUUCAGAGGGAGAGUGAGUACUCAGGGGUUCCCCUGCGGAGAACUUGAAAACUGUGAGUUUAAUAGUUUUAUUAAUAUUAUAUGUUUUAAUGGUAUAUCCCUGAUCAAACAGGUGCCACUUAAUACCAACAAUGGACUUCUCUCUGUUGCCUCCGCACCUGACACUGGACUGCUCUUGGGCCCUCCACCAGGGGUGGGGUAUAGCUACAUUGCCUGCUCUUUGCUAUUCAGUGACUCCAUUAUCAGAGAUGUCAAACUCAGGUCGGCAAAUC